UUUAAUUAUAACUGAAUGUGCUUUAAUCAAUCCCCAGCCAAAUUGCUGUUCCGCGUGGAAGGCGUGCGAGGCGUGUUCUUUGGUGCCGAUUUCGUCACCAUCUCGAAACAGGAGGGUGCCGAGUGGAGCCUAAUUAAGCCUGAGGUGUUUGCCGUCAUAAUGGAUUUCUUUGCUAGUGGCUUGCCCGUCCUUCAGAACGCCGAGCCCAAUGCGGACACCGAAAUCCUCGAAGACGACGACGAGACGGUCAUGAUGAUCAAGGAGCUGCUCGAUACGCGCAUCCGUCCCACCGUCCAGGAAGAUGGCGGCGACAUCGUCUUCAUGGGUUACGAGGGUGGAGUCGUCAAGCUUAAGAUGCAGGGAUCCUGCUCUUCCUGUCCCAGCUCCAUUGUCACUUUAAAAAACGGCGUGCAAAAUAUGCUGCAGUUCUACAUACCGGAGGUGGAGUCGGUGGAGCAGGUCUUCGACGACGCGGACCGGAUGGUGGACAGCGAGUUUGAGCGCUUUGAGAAGAAUCUCAAGACGCUCAAGCAGCAGGAGCCAACUAGCGGCGUUCCUAAUUAGAAGGACUCAUUGUCUUUUCUCCUGUUUGCGUUGCUAUUUCUCUAGUUGUAUACAUAAUGUACAUGUAGUUGAUUGUUUAAAUAAAUUUACGGCUUUAAGCUUAACUUGUAAUGUA